AACGUGAUAAACAUGACAAAUAAAAUUAAUCUUUAUCUAACCGGUUAGCCGGCCGAAUUUACAGUGAAUGAUAUUAAUAAGCAACAAAUCUAUACAUCAAAAAUAUAAACAAGGAGGAACGCAGUUUAAAACUUAUUUGUCUUAUUCAAAAAUGAUUUGCCAAAUUAUCUUUGUAAACUGUGAAGCAUAGUGACAACGUAAAUAUUUGAGGUAGCUUGUUACGGCUAUCUGUUGCCACCCGACUCAAUAUUGAUUUGUUUUUAAGCCAUUAUAUAUUAAUAUCUGUGGACUUGUUGCUGUACUAUGUCUAACCCAGAACUAGUAGAAGAUUUUUUUGGUGUCUACUUGUUGUACUGCAUAAAUCCGAAGUAUAAAGGUCGAACCUACAUUGGCUACACCAGGGAUCCCAAUCGGCGUGUUAUGCAGCACAAUCGUGGAACCUGGGCGGGAGGAGCCUACCGCACCAGUAACAAAGGGCCUUGGAAAAUGGUGCUUAUCGUGCAUGGCUUCCCUAACAAUAUUUCGGCACUUAGAUUCGAGUGGGCUUGGCAAAACCCUUCAAAGACGAUAAGGCUCCAACAUCUUAACUUGAAGAAGGUGCCAAGAAAGGAGUCAGAAUUUCACUUUAAACUGAGGGUCAUGACUGAGAUGCUCCGAGUUGGUCCCUGGUGCCGCCUCCCUUUGGUGAUUAGGUGGCUUGAACAAGAAUACAUUGAGGAAUUCCCAAUUGAUAGGAAACCUCCUGAGCACAUGAAGAUCUGCAAUGGACCAGUGAAAAGCAGCAACUUGAAGAAAUUUGCAAAUGUGACGAUUCACGAAGAAUGUUUGCUUUGCUUCAAAUACAUCACAACCAGUUUAUCUAAAGUUACCUGUUUAAACCAUGACUGUGUUUUAGUUUGUCACCUUAUUUGCUUAGCUAGUCUGUUUUUAAAACCUGGCGAAUUUGUGCCUAUACAAGGACUUUGUCCUUUUUGUAAUAUUAAUCUAAAAUGGGGUGAUCUUAUAAGAAGAACAAAGGGCUGCAAUGAUGUUAAAGAUGAUGAGAACUGUGUAGGUGAUGACGGGAACCUUGAAUGUGACAGUAUUGAUGAUUUAGGGGAUAAAGGUGGACUAUCUUCCCAAGAUAGGUCUUGGGAAGAUAGUCCACCAUUAUCCCCUAGGAUUUGUUGAUAAAAAAUCUCGUUGGUUGAGAUGAUGUAUGGCAUUGAUGAUGUUUCUACCUGUUUAUUGAAAUCGACAAUAAAAUUGCUUAAGAUAUGAAGAAAUGCCAUGCAAUUUCUUGGGUUUUUAUAACAACGCCAUCUAACGCAAAUCGGUAGAACUACAACGCGGCCAAUACCAUGUUGCAUGUUGCAUACUCCACUGUGUGAGAUACAGACUGGUGAUAGAGAGAACAGACGGACAGACUGACAGCAGAUGCUUUGAAAUAGGUUCCUGUUUUUAUCUUCUUCUUACCGAGGUGCAUUUUUAUUAUGUACCAUAUUUGGGUAUGGUGUGAAAAUUAAGUUCUUUUUAUGUACAAAAAUACGUUUAAUAAGUAUAACACAAUAAAUACUUAAGUCUUAUGCAGGUACACGUUACAAAAUGAUGAAUUUAAGAGUGUCAAUACGAUAUAUAGGUACCUAAAUCGUAUUGCAUUUUCUAAUGAGAUAGAAAAAAAUAGUAAAACCUUGUCCAAAUUACACCUUUUUGUAAAGUAUUCACACUCUUAAUAUCACAGUUUAAAGUAUAAAUUCGUAUUUUAUGCUUAAAUUUUAUGUUUCAUAUAGAGUUCGUAUAAAGAAGUUAUAUUUAAAAUAAAUAAAAUGUGUUGUAAAUUGUAAAAGACGACAUCAUUCACUUUUGCAUCUAUCUAUCCGGCUCGAAGGACCAAUGUUUAAUACAGAACUAUUUUAUGAUCUUUGUCGGAACUUGUUUUGAAAGAAAUUAAAACUGCACUUUCUGAACUAACUCACUGAACUUAUAUUUGGUUUAUACAUUAGGUAAUAACAUCCAUGAAAUUAUAAAAAGUGAACUAAAUUAUAUACAUUUUAACAUUGUAACAUACGCUCGUCUUCUUUUUAAAUAUUUUGUGCAAUAUUCUAUUUUUGUUCUUUUUUUUUCUUAGUGGCCAGCAGUACUACUUUCAAAUUACUGUACAUAAAUGAUUGAAUGCAUGGCUUAUGAAUUGGGAUACUGUUAUGUAAUGGGGUAGCAACCUGUCACUCACUAUAUUUGAAUCUUAAUUCGCGCGGAUAAGAAAAACUUGGGAUACUUCACUUAAUCAUCCUGCUUUGUCUACUUCUUAAGGGAUAUAACAAAUAAAUAAAUACGGAACAAAUUACACAGAUUGAUCGAGGCUGACCUCGAAUACAGAUUACCAUCUAAGUAAGUUCGAGACUUGGGUUACAUUAUUAACAAUAAUAUAAUAAACUAGAAGUGCUUCUUUUUAGCAUUUUUUUCUCUUCCAUAAAUGUAUUUAUAACCAAUGAUCAUAUCUAUCAUAUCAGUAAAACAUUACUUACUUAUUUGUUUGUUACUGCAAACUUUGCUUCUCUGAAUGUAAAAAAUCGUAAUGUGUAAAAAUUUACAAAAUACUGUUUGUAUUUUAACAAAAUGAUAUACUUUAUAAUGAUAGACGUUUAGAAGGUCUCUGCCCUACGUAUAAAAAAGUAAUAGUUGACACCACAAACAUAGCAAGAUACCGUCACUUUUCUACGCGGCCUACUGUACAUAAACUUGUGGAGUCUAGCUAUAUUGAUUUAUGCAGUUGGCACAAACUUCACUGUUGUUCAUAAUGAUACUUAUUAAAGUAAAUAUGUACUAUUGAGUUGAAAGCAAGAAAGUCAUGGCCUACAUAAAAUAAAUGAUUUAGAGUGGUUCUUCCGUUUCGUCCUAAUCGCCAUUCCAGGUCAAAAGUCGUUAUGAAUAUUGUAAUUAACCGUAUUUUUUUUAUUGAAUAAGGUAGGACGUACUUUUAUCUUAAAUGUCCAUCAUAUAUAUCAGGUUUAAACCUCAUAACAAAAAAAAUUUUAGAACAAAAACAUGUAUUUUUUUCAUUCCUCUCCUUGUUCAAAUGGACCCUCAGAACGUUGUGACACACUUUUGUUGACUUUCCUAGGAGAAAAGUACAUAUUUUUUUUUCUUAUAUACUAAUGUAUUCACUGACUAUUAUAAACCUGCAAUACAGUAUUUUUUAUAAGUGUUUAAUAUAGAAAGAAUUGUCUUCAAAGUUUUGUCACCCCAAAAACUACAUUGCCUUCCACAAAAAUAUAACAUUAAAAUUUUUAUGCACGUACAAUACUAUCUAUUUCUUGCCAAACAAAAGACGCUCCCGCGCACCUCAGGCUGUCGAUACAAGUCGUCAAGAGAGGUCGCACGCUGCCCGGACAAAAUAUUUUUAGGAUUUAAUUUCUGAAAACAGCGUUUGUCACGAUUUUGUUUUUUAGAUACAUCUGCAAUAAUGUCGAAGCCGAAGAAACUGGCAACUAAAGAAAAAAAAAUAGCUAAAGACAGAUUGCGAAAGAAGGUAAAAUACGCAGAAAUCAAGGCGGAUCCUGAAAAAUACAAAUUAGAGAAGGAGAAACAAAAGAGGAAAUUCCUUGUAAAAAAAGAAAAGAAACAAGUCCUAAGUAUAACAGAGAUGACGGCACGACAAAAGAGGGAGCAAAGGCGAAGAUGGCGAAAAAACUCCAGAAAAUAUUUAAAUAAGGUGAAAGAGCAGAAAAUAUUGCAAAUAAUUAUAAUAGACAACUCUCCGCCCAGUAAUAAAACUGAGGAAUUUAUAAACAUCCAGAACCUACAAUACACGACCCUCUUAUGUUACAAGAAGAAUCCACAUCAAGCCAAAGUACAUCGAAGUCACAUUUAGUGCAUCAAAAAACUAGUAUUUCAAGCGCAAUGAGAAAAUUGCGAUACAUAUCUAAAAAAGCAAUAACAAUCUUACAGAAUGAAUUUGAUAAACUAAAAAAAUGAGAAAGCGCUUUUAAGAAGACAUUUAUUUAUGGAGCAGAUGUUACAAAAAGAUAAGAUUCAAGAAAAGAAAGUAGAUGAAAUCAUAAAAAAACAUAAAUAAUGAGAAGGUACAAGAAGUGAUAAAGAAGCUUUUGUUGAAUGAAACAGUUUGUCGAGGAGUAUCAGAAAUACACAAAAGCCUUCCAAAAAAGAGGAAAGAGGAGCUUUUGCUGGAUAAAAUUGAUAAUUCGAGGCUCAAAAAGUAUGGGAUAUUGUCAAAUAUUACUUUUGCUAUGAGAAAUUCACUGAAAAAAAAAUUCGAGAUAAUAAAACUGCGAAACUAAAACAAAGUGUUGAAAAUUUUCUACAAGAAGAUGAAAACAGUCAAAUGGCGCCAGGAAAAAACGAAUUUAUUAAAAAAGGUGCAUUAAAAAAACAAAAAAGAUAUUUAACCGAUAAUAUGAAAAAUUUACAUGCGAAGUUUUGUAAGAAAUGGGACCAUAUACAUUACUCAGUAUUCUGCAAAUAUAGACCAUUCUGGAUAAUUCAACCUUAAUCAAAAAGAGACACGUGCCAAUGAAAGCUGCACUCUAACAUUGAACUUAUUAUUAAAUUUUUAAAGAAAGCUAAUAUAAUCACAGAAAAUUCUUUAUCUGAGGUUUUGAACAAUUUAUGUUGUAGAGUGUACCUACGAAAGAAAUUGUUUAGAGAGAAAGUGCAAAAUCUGCAAAAAUAAAGUCACGACGUACCAGGAAUUUGACAAUCGGAAAACUAUUAUUUAUCAUGAAUGGAUUUUUGAGAAGCAAGACCACGUAGGAAAAGUUGAAAAAAAACAAGAGAGUUACAAAGAAAAAGGAAGAUUUACCACCUAAUGUCAUUAUGAAGUUCGAAACUCUACUGGCAGUUUUCUUCAAGCGGGUUUUAAAUAUAACAAUGCAAUAUUCCGCUAUUAAGAAUCUGCAACGUGAUUUAUCUCCUAGUGAAGUCAUAUGCCAUAUAGACUUCAGCGAAAAUUAUUUAUUAAAAUAUA